AUGAGGGAACGACAGAUCCUCUUUUGGUUUUUCCCCUUGGGCUGGUUACUCAAUUCCAGCUUGUUUAGACUUCUCAUGCCGUCGUUCAAUCACAAUGACAUCAUCUUUCCUGUCGAUGGCCCACUUGGACGCUGUGGACCGUCGCUUCGGUCAACCUUGGAAUGCCCAUUGUCGGAUCCAGACUGGCCGCGAUGUUCCGUACAGCAAAUGGUGCUCCGCGAUCAGCGACACUGGCUCACGAAACUCUGUGCACUGGUUCCUGAUCAGGUUGCAUGGCGUACACUUCUGCAUGCUGUGAUGUCGUUCAAACCAUCGAUGCCUUUACCACCAGUGAAAUUACCUCCCAGAUGCCUCGCACAUGCUCACCGAAGAGUUCAUCCACCGGAGACAAACCCUGCCGAUGGAAAAGGCUACAGUUAUGCACGUGGUAUGAGCAGAAGAUUCGGCUACGAUCACUCAACAAGUGCAUAUCGAUCGCAUGAAACGAGACUGAUGUCCGGUGACAGUAGCGAUAAGCAGCAAGAUGAGUUCCUCCCGGAGUACCUUCGACCACCAAAGGAUACGUUUGAUGAUGAACCUCGCUUUACCGAUUCACCCUCGUUGCCCAACUAUCUGGGUAAUCCUAACUCCAUUUAUCGUCUCCGACCGCAUAAGAGCGGAUCGUAUGGCAGUUCAGAAACAUCGACGACAGGAUCCAGCUCAUCAUCACAUCACUACAAUGGUUAUUUCAAGAAUUCUGGUACUUCACCCAAAUCGCCUCCUUUGGACACUGAAGGCUCCUCUACGAAGUCAGCGGAAUCCACCGAUGGGAAGAACUUUAUGGAUAAAUGCGCUGCUAAGGAGCCACAACUCGAUCAACUUAGUCCGACCUACUCUAAAGAUUAUGUUGGCUAUUCUACAGUUUCUGAUUGGCCACCAGAAGCCCUGCUAACUAAUGAGGAAAAAUGUGCAAUUAAACUUUCACAGAUUUUCGGCUGGAGAAAGGCAGUACGUGUCGUCAAGAAGCAUCCACGUGUGCGAGUUGUAAGCCGUCUGGUUGAUUUUGCUCUUGUGGAACCAGACGAAGAAGAUGAUGACAAGCCUGGAGAAGACGUAAUCAAUUACACAGAUCUUGUGAGCCUACUCAAAGGCCCUGAGGUAAUUUGUGUCGGUUUUCCGUAA